UGCGUUCCCUUCCGAGUCAGAGUCUCCUCCCUCGUUGGGCUCGCGACGCGCCGAGUCGCGAGCCGAGUCGCGCCGAGUCCAACUCCUUCGUCGAUCGGUGGAUUAGGGAUUCGGAAGCAUGGGGUUGUCGCUGGUCGAGGGAUUUACGAAGUCGCUUGCGAUGACCGUGUUGUCCGAGAUUGGAGACAAAACCUUUUUCACCGCCGCGAUAUUGGCAAUGCGUCAUCCACGGAGGAUUGUCUUAUCCGGUUGUCUAACAGCAUUAAUUGUCAUGACCAUUCUUUCUGCUUCUCUUGGUUGGGCUGCACCAAAUCUGAUUUCUCGCAAAUGGGCGCACCAUGUGACGACUGUGCUAUUCUUUGGAUUUGGGUUUUGGUCAUUAUGGGAGGGUUUCAAAGAAGACGGGGAAGCUGAAGAGUUGGCAGAAGUAGAAGCAAAAUUGGAUGCUGAUUGGAAGGCGGAGAAAGGCGAAGCCAAAAGCAAUUCUAAGGGUAAUGAUGAUCUGAAGAAGCAACAGAGAUCAUUUCUGACCCAGUUUUUCUCACCUAUCUUUCUGAAGGCAUUUUCCGUUACAUUCUUUGGUGAAUGGGGUGAUAAGAGUCAGCUUGCUACAAUUGGCUUGGCUACUGAUGAAAACCCAUUUGGAGUCGUUCUUGGGGGAAUUUUAGGUCAAGCAUUGUGCACUACAGCAGCUGUUCUGGGGGGGAAGAGCUUGGCUUCUCAAAUAUCUGAGAAGAUGGUUGCGCUCUCCGGUGGAGUACUUUUCCUAAUAUUUGGCCUCUCAUCGUUCUUAUCCGAAGCAGAACCCUGAUGCCCAACUACUCGCCCUUUCGCAAGAAAACGUUACACUUGUUUCCUCUCCCAUUCUUCAUUCCAUAACAUGGGCUAACAUGGGAUAACAAACCAAGCUGUAUCACCUACGAUUCUUCUUCCUUUCGGGAAGCAGGAGUAGAAAUUCGAAAUUCUGUUUUUCUUUUUUUGGCAGCUUCUCUAUAUAGACUUUCUGUGCACUACUUUUAACACCCUCGAUCGAUUGAGGGACAUUAACGAUAUAGCUUAUAUCGGAAAGAAUGUGAUUCGAAAUGCUAUAAAGAAGAUCAUAUUAAUGCGCCACAUGAAUCAUUCUUUCAUUUGUA